CAGCGCCGCAAGGAGUACCACAGACUCGCUGCCCGUGCACAAGAACAACAGGUUGGAAGCCUCCAUGCACCUGCGCCGCCUGCGACAGAAGAAACUGCAGUGUCACGUUGCGUAUGCGCAGAGAUAGGACAUUUGCACUCAGAGCUAGCUCUCAUUGAUGAUGUUCAACGCACUGGUUGUUUGGCUAACAGCCCACGAGUGCACCGCACUGGUACUGGAUCCAAGCUUCAAACAAGCGCUAGCAGCAGGUCGCGUGCACCGAGAAGUCGGCUUUGCCCCAGAACGACUGGUCGACGACCUGCGCUAUGACAUAGAUGCGCUCGAGCAGCUCGGUCGCUUCGGCCCGGCCGGCAGCGGACCGCGCGCCGGCGGCGACACCGGCAUGCGUUCGGCACUCUUCGCGGACCCGAUUGAUCGGCCUCGAGACGUCGGAUGCUUCGACGCCUUCGCCGCGCUGUGGGAGCGGCUCGGCAUAGUGCGGGAAGAACUCAUGGAAGGAUUAGAUAGAGACUUGAUAGAGAACGUCGAGGUGCACUACGUGCGCUAUCCCGAAGGCGGCUACUUCCAGCGCCACGUUGACGACUACGAAGCGAACGACGGCGCCCCGAGCCGCAGGAGCGUAUCCUUCAUUUGCUAUCUGAACGACCCCGGAGCGCCCGCAUGGACGGAGCGCGACGGCGGCGCACUGCGCGUACAUUCGGACGGCGCCUACUACGAGAUCCUGCCGGACGCCGGAUCGCUCGUCCUGUUUGACUCGAUGGCCGUCGAGCACGAGGUGCGGCCGACGCGGCGGGAACGGACGUGCCUCAUCGGUUGGUUCCAUGCGCCCACGGCGUGAUUUAUGUAAUAUUGUUUGUGCAAUUUAGUGCAAGGGGGG